AUGGCCAGCUCCACUGCUCCUGCCGCUCUUAGCGCCUACCGCCAACUUCUCCGGGCUACUCGCCUUGUUUUCCACAAUGAUCUCCCAGUCCUCAUUGCUGCUCGUCAAGAAGCUCGUCAGAAUUUUGAGAAGAACCGUCGCACUGCCAUUGAUACCGGCAUGCAAAUUAACCAUGCGGUUGAGGUUGCACAUAUCCUGCGCCACAACAUCGUCCAGGGCUCAAGGGCUCAAGGAGAUGAGGCUGCCAAGUGGGAGCUCAAUAUUCACGACCAGAUCGAACGCGGUGAUAAUGACUCCAUCAAAGUCGGCAAUGAGAAUGUGAAGAUCCACAAGGCUUGCUCCUCAUGA